GCAUUUUCACACAUAACUCUCCAUAACUAUUCCAUCAUCACACCUCCUCAGUGAUUCAUCAGAGACACAAAAUUUCAAGCUUUGUCAGAUUCUUUUUCUUCUUUCUCCAUACCUCACCCGCUUCUCCAUAUAUCUCUCAAAUAAAAAAAGAAACCCUAUAAAUUCCAGACUAAAACAAGAAGAUAAUGGAGAACUCCGACAUGCUAAUGAACAUGAUGAUGCAGCAAAUGGAGAAGCUUCCUGAUCACUUCUCUAACCCAAACCCUAACCCUAAUUCCCAUAACAUCAUGAUGCUCUCCGAAUCUAACACUCACCCUUUCUUCUUCAACCCCAACCAUACUCAUCUGCCACUACUUGACCAAACUAUCACUCACCAACCCGGUUUAAAUUUCCGGUAUGCACCUUCCACUUCAUCAUCUCUCCCGGACAAAAGAGGUGGAGGAGGCGGCGACAACGCUAACAUGGCGGCAAUGCGAGAGAUGAUCUUUCGCAUAGCCGUGAUGCAACCGAUACAUAUUGAUCCGGAAUCUGUGAAGCCACCAAAGAGGAAGAACGUGAGGAUCUCUAAAGAUCCACAGAGCGUGGCGGCUCGACAUCGGCGGGAGAGGAUAAGCGAACGCAUUCGGAUUCUUCAACGGCUUGUUCCCGGCGGGACCAAGAUGGAUACUGCUUCGAUGCUCGAUGAGGCUAUCCAUUACGUUAAGUUUCUCAAGAAACAGGUGCAGUCGCUAGAGGAGCAUGCGGUUGUUAACGGCGGAGGAGUGGCGUCAGCACCGACUGGUGUUGGUGGAGGAUACGGUGGAAAAGGGUGUGGGACUAUGCGGUCUGAUCAUCACCAGAUGCUUGGAAAUACACAGAUUCUUAGGUGAUCACUUUUUAAAUGUAUUAUUAGUAUGAAGAGGAAAACAAAAAUUCUCGGGACAAGUGAAAUUUAAUAUUAUGAGUGUGUUAUCUUUUAUAAACGUAUUUAAUUUUCCCGGUUUUAAUAAUGUCUAGGACGUUUUUUUAA